CUUGCUUGCCACCUGUCACCACACGAUGCUGGGAGGCCUGGGGAAACUUGCUGCCGAGGGCCUGGCCCACCGCACCGAGAAGGCCACCGAGGAAGCUGUUCAUGCUGUGGAAGGGGUGGUCAAGGAGGUGGUGGAGCACGCCAAGGAGGCUGGAGAGAAAGCCAUUGCCGAUGCCUUAAAGAAGGCCCAUGAUACAGGGGACAAUAUGGUGAAGGAAGUCACUGAGACGGUGACCAACACAGUCACAAAUGCUGUCACCCAUGCAGCAGAAGGCCUGGGCAAACUGGGACAGUGAGCACGUCCGCCUCCAGCGGACUCUUCCUGAUUCUCAAUAAAAAGCUGUGAAAUGU